UGUGUCUCUGUCGGGAUGUCUGAGGGAGACUCGGCGGGAGUUAAACUGGUGUCGGUGGACUUUGAGGUUUUCGGUUAUGUUCAGGGAGUCUGCUUCAGGAUGUACACAGAAAGGGAGGGGCUGCGUCUGGGCCUGGUUGGCUGGGUGAAGAACACCUUCAGAGGGACAGUGCAGGGUCAGAUCCAGGGUCCGGCUGACAUGGUGGAAGAGAUGAAGGUGUGGCUGAGGCAAGAAGGAAGUCCGAGCAGUCGGAUCACCAGAGCAUCCUUCACAAACCAGAGAGCCAUCGACAAGCUGGAACUGACAGGCUUCAAGACUCGCUUCUGAUCAAAGA